AGUGAAACAUAUUGUACCCUAACAAGAAUGGUAGUCGACUUGGAGAAUUGUAAACGCCAGUACACAGUUUGAUGCAAAAAACUUAAUCAGCCAACAGAUUAGAACACUAGUCUAGCUCACUGAUUAUACAUCUUAAAAAUAAAAAAAUAGAUUUCGAGUCAAACAAGUUAACUUGUAACAAAAAUUAAAAAAAUUAAGAAGAAACUUGUUGUCGAUGAAAUGAAUUUCCUCAAAAGAAUGUCGUCUGCUGAAGUUGCUGAAGCCAUGGUUGGUGGUUGUUGGGAAAAACCAGAUAAAUCUUUUGAUUUAUCCUCGACAUUAGAUAUAAUGAGACUUCCAAGAUCAGUGCAAGUUAUUGCUUACAAUGAGCUUCGAGAAAAUGAAUAUACGAGGAAUCACGCUCUUGUGGAAUUCAAAAAGUGGAUAGCAGACUGUAGAGAUAUCCAAGACGUAAAUAUUGAUUCGAAUUUUCUGUUGAGAUUCUUAAGAGUAAAAAAGUACAGCUUGCCCAUGGCUCAACAAAUGCUUCUUAAAUACUUGAAUUUUCGACAAAAAUUUUCUAUGUAUUUUUUCAAGAUGGACUGUUUAGAACCAUCUAUCAAUGAACUUGUAAGCGAUGGUUUUUUAUUUGUUUCUCCUUUUAGAGACAGCCAUGGCAGACGCGUCACUAUUACAAUAGGAAAAAAUAUCGAUUUUCAAAAAUAUACAAAAAGAGACAUAGCUUGCCUUCAUUUUAUGACAUAUGAGACGUUACUGAGAGAUGAAGUUAACCAAGUUUUGGGCCUAACACAUUUUGGAGAUGUAGCAAAUGUUAGUCCAUCUAUCUUAUCAACAUUCACACCAAAUGAAUUUGCUAGACUUGUAAAAUGGGGAGAGCAAUCAGUUCCAAUACGUCACAAAAAAAUUCACAUACUUAAUGUUCCAUCAGCGUUAAAAAUUCUGUACGAUUUCUUCAAGACACGUAUCAGUGAAAAAUUAAUCAACAGAAUAACGAUGUAUAAUUCGUUAGAAGAAUUACACAAAUGCAUCGACAAAAAAGUAUUACCCAAAGAAUUUGGUGGUAUAAUGCCAAUGGCGGAAAUGAUCGAAUUGUGGAAGAAAGAAUUGCUUGCAAGUAGAGAAGCGUUGAUUGUAAUGGAUAAAAUGAAAAUUUUAAGUGACAAGAACAUAAUAACAAGAAAAACAAGGACAGAAAAAACUAAAAGUAUUACUAAUGAAAUUCACCUAAUGAACGGAAGUUUUCGAAAACUAGAAGUUGAUUAAAUUCUUUAAAUAAUUGUUCAUAGUUUAAUUGGGUUAAGUAAUGGAGUUGUGGAUUUGUUUAGUGACAUAGUUUUAAUUCAACCAAAGAAUGCUAGCAUUUAAAAUAAUUGAUUAUUGCAAUUAUUAAAAAUACUUUUUGAAAUAUUGUGAAAUUUUAUACUUUUCGUGAAACAUAAUUUUAUUAAAUCCUAAUUCUAAGUAAUAAAGGAUUCUAAGUUAAAUUAAAACCACGAGUUAAUUUUUAUAUUAUUUAUUUUGAAACCUUUAAAUGCUAUUAAAUUCCUCGUAUAUGUUUUAUAUCAAUGUAAUAAUGAAUGUUUUUAUAAAAUAUUUGUUUUUAACUUAUGCGUAGGGUUUUUUUUAAAUUAUUUAACAAAAUUUUGAUUUUGAAACAAGUUAAUCUUAGCUGUACACUUAAUGAUAGUAAUCAAUUGUAAUUUAAACAUACUUACACGUAAUUCAAUUGGUUAUACAAUUGGCAAUACUUCUUCUGAAAAUAGAAU